AUGGAGUCUUUGAGCGCGGUGGAGCUCCGUGUAUUGGGGGAUGCACCUCGGACAGCUACCGGUGGCAUUGAGAACGCCUCCUACCAGGACGACCCCCAGGAGAUCAAGUUUCACGCGGCCGGCCCGAGACAGCAGCAGCAGCACGUCCACUCUGAGUCAAUCCCCCCCGACAGGGAGCAGGCAAAUUCCCAAAACCACCCGGCACCACGGGAUGAGCUUUCUCCCAGGUCGGGUGAUUAUGACCACGAAUUGGAUUUUAAUGGCAACACCGUGGACUACGGGUUUAUUUCCGCCCUGGUGUUCCUGGUCACUGGAAUUGUGCUCGUCGUGAUCGCUUACACCAUUCCCAGAGAGGCUAAGGUCAACCCAGACAUGGUGACCGCUCGCCAGAUGGAGAAGCUGGAAAUGUACUAUGCACAACUCGGCUCCCACUUAGACAAGUGCAUCAUAGCUGGCCUGGGGAUGCUCACGCUGGGCGGGAUGCUGUUGUCCAUCAUGCUCAUGGUGUCCAUAUGCAAGGGCGAGCUGUACCGCAGGAGGACACUUGCCUUGUCCGGGAGACCCAAAAAGACGUAUGGAUCUAUACACCUCCGCAUGAAACAGCUGGUUGAGCAGGCAGAGGGGAGCGAGACUCUGGUGGAAUGUGAACCCGGUUAUGCCACCACGCAUACUGCCCCCUCAACCGGUCAAGGCGACACGACCCACGACACUGCUCCUGCUCCUGCUGCUGCCGGGACAAACGUACAGUAGCCUAGCACAAUGCCAGCAAGCACAAUGUGUAAAUUAAUCAAGGGGUUGUUUCGUAUCACUGAGAUUGUUUUUGAGACAAGCAUAUAAAAAGGUAAGGCCACAUUGAUUGUUUGAAAUAGUACAAGUGACAGGGAAAGGUGGGAAGGUGAGGAGAGAACACUCUCCA